AUGUCGUCGCAGGCAAUUGCGGCGCCAGCAAGAGGUCUGCCGGAUCUGCCUUCUCCAGUCGACAUCCAUUCUCCCUCAUGGUCUGACCGCGACAUCCAACUCAAUCUCUCCCCCGUCCACGACUCGGGCGCAUCCAACAACAAUGACCUGAACCUGACCCACGACUCUUCCGAACCUCGCAAACCUCGCCCUUCUUGGACUGCCAUGGAUGUUCAACAGCGCAACCAGGCCGUCGGUAACUUACUGGCUGCCUUGAUGCCAGUCGGACCAACCCAGACCGCAACUACUGGACUGCCUUCAAAUCCACUCUCCCCGACAAACGAGAAGAAGGAAAACGAGCAAACUUCACUACAAAAGGAGGAACACGACUCUCCCGCUCGGCCCCCGCCAGAAGAGACCAUCGUCUCACCUCUAGUGCCCACUCCCGAUCUUUCACUUCCACCUCUACCUCCCCUCGACAACAACGACUUCAUCGAUUCGAGUAUGGCCCAUCCAUUUCAGCCAGUGAUUCCUCAAGAUGGUCAGGAAUAUCAAACACCCUUCACACACCUUGCCGACCCACCAGGGGACGUCUCUAUAUUUCCGCAAAUGCAAGACCCGUUCCCUGGCGCAUCACAAGAAGUGGUCCCGGAACGUAGAGAAAUUGAAGCCUUUGCGAAAAUUGAAUUUGAGGAUGGAAACUACUAUAUCACUACCUACGCCUGCGAGCUGGGCAGAGAUGCCUUUGCCUAUCGAGCGGCUCUGAUCCGCGCUGAAGAAUCACGACAAGCCGAACAGAAUCCGACACAGAGUUCAAGCGGAAGGAGGUCGGAGGGAGUUCCCAGGCCGGAGAACUCUCAGGUUCAAGGCAGUGUUGUCAGUGAAGCUGGAGGCUUCGGAGGUGUUGACGAAAGGCCAGGCAUGAAUGGCGGUGGUCAAGAUGGUGCAGGCCAAGUUCACUCCCAUUCUUCAGAGCCCUCCGCUGGCAGUGUUGUCAAACCUCAGGAAGUUCUCAUUAACCCUCCUCUGAUCCCAUUCGACUACCAUAAGAUGGCAGAGCUACAGGCUCAAGCAGAGAACGAAAACACUCUGGAAAAUGAUAAUGAACAGCCCGCUCCCGUCACCGCAGAUCAUAUCCCGGACGCUCACAACUGUCCUUUGAUCCCCAUUCAUGCCAUGCGGAAUUUCCAGAAAUCAGAAGUUGAGAACCACAGGAGUAUCUCACGUCGGCACGUCAAGAUCCAGUGGGACUUUGACAAGGAUUGCUUCAUGUUAAAAGUGCUCGGAAGGAAUGGUGCUUUCUUGGACGAUCAGUAUGUCCCGCGUGCUGCUGUUAAACGUCUUCGUGACGGGUCCAGAAUUCAAAUCUCCAAUGUGUGGAUGACAUUUCGCCUGCCAAAUCAAAAGGCUUCUCCAAUCAGUGACGAGUCGGAACAUGAAGACAAGGACAUGGCAUCACCAGCGUUGAGAAGCACUUCCUUGACUUCAAAUGAGCAGGAUAGGAGUUUAUCUCCUUCACGAUCUGGAAAAACCAGGACCAAGAUCACGUUGAACACUGGUCCAAGGCCUGCUACUCUAAUCCCAGAUCUUUCAAUAGGUCCCGAUGGUCAACCUUUUCCUCCACGAAAACGAGGUCCAGGCCGUCCUCCAAAGGAUGGGAUAAUGUCCACUAGAGAACGACGUGAGAGAGAGAAAGCACUCAAACUUGCUGAGGCCAAGGCAGCAAACGGAGGUACCACACCACCACCAAACCUAAAGGGUAAAUUUCCCAAACCGCCUAUCAAGGAGGAGAUACCCAAAGAGGAGCCUAAGGGAGAGAGAAGGAAGUAUAAAAAGCGGAAACGACCUGGUGAGGAGGGUGAUAUUGUCCAAUCUAUCGAAGGAGGUGGUGAAUUGGAAGUGCCUAGUGAAGCAGAGAAGCCACCAGUGAAAAAGGCUCGUGCCUCAAAAUCGCCUUCUCCAGAUUACCCUCCUGCGGACAGCCUUACAGAGGAACAGCUUGCUCGGCCGUCUGAGCCAUAUGCAAGACUGAUUUACGAUAUUUUGCUCGACAUUCAUCCAAAGGCUCUUCCUCUGAAGCAGAUUUAUCGAGCACUAAAGCUCAAAUUCCCCUUCUUUGUCCAUAGGGUCGACUCUGAAGGGUGGCAGAGCAGUGUUCGCCACAAUCUCAACCAGGAGUGGAACAAAUUGUUCGAAAAGGGUGAGAAAGAAGGUAAAGGGUUUGCUUGGAAAGCCAUACCUGGAGCUUUACAGCCCCAAGCUGAAAGAAGGCGUGCUGCUCAACAAGCGGCUGCUGCGAAGCCGAAACCUGCGCCAGCACCACGUCAACAUCCUCAAGGGCCGCCCCCUCCACUUAACUGGCAGAACAGUACACCUUAUUCCCAACCAAAUGGUAUGCCUCCACGAGGUCCUCCCCCGCCUUUUUUUGUCCAAGGUCCACAUGGUCCUGUUCCCCCUCCACCAAAUGGAAUGCCGUGGCCUCAUCCACCGCCUCCAGGUUCGGUGCCACCACCAGGGUCUGCACAUGGCCAUCCGGCUCCCGGAGCUUCCAAUCCAAUGUAUCCCCCAAUCCAGUCCGGACAUCCUCCGUAUCAACCUCAGCAAAAUCCACAGCAAGUAGCCCAACAGACUGGACCUCCGCGAUCGCUACCUGCGGCCAGCCAAACGCCAGGUUCCUCGGCUAUUCCUCCAUCUGGCUCGGUAGCUCCGCCUUCCAGCUCAUCGGCCUCGCGCAACAUGCCGUGUACAGUGGACGGUUUGAUAGUGAUCAAGAGAUUUGAAACGACCAUGUAUGAACAAGUUGGCGAUGCUGAAAAGAUUGCGAGAUGGCAGAAGAUCUUCAAUUCUGUAAAGCGCCGGCUGCUGCACGGUGCACCUCAGUCACUAAUGCCAGAGGGCGACACGAGAGAAGAAGACACCAUCAUGAGUCAUGUGAGGACAUUCAUUGAACGCUUCAAAAAUCCUGCUUUCGUUGGUUUCUCCAUUGAUCCGGGAAGUUCUACUGCAUCGCCCGCUCCUAAUGCAUCGGCUACUGGUGUUGUCCCAACAUCACAACCUGCACCAACUCCACAGCCAGCUCCGAAGGAACCUGUCGUGGGCUCCCAACCACCUACACAGUCGCCAGUGGCAACUCCAACAGAACCAAAAAGCGAAGCGACAAACACUCUCCAGGACGCUAUGACGAAGACAGACGAGCCUGCAAAAGGCAUUGCCACAGAAGGCAUUGGCAAAGAAUCAGUCGAAGCUCAGGGUGUUGAUGACAGGAGCAAAGGCCAACCGCCUGCUCCAACCACAUCUACCACUUGA